AUCACAUCAUUAUCAAGUUUUUUUGGCAUGCAACGGAAGCAAAUCCAGGUGUGUUACCAAAUAAAAGCUCAAUCUCAGAAAUAUAAAUUUGUGUCAAGGAAAAUGUUUGAUGACACAAAAGGUUUUGUUUUAUCUCUAUCGUUGCAUAUCUAAAGCAGGUAAGCGUAAUUAAGAUCAAAGGAAAUCGAGUGACUUCUUAAGUGGAGAAGAUGAGCCAACCCAAUGAAGGGAACAAUGAUAAUGCUUUAGUGGAAUUCCGUGUUAAGCGGAAACGUGGCCGUCCACGUAAAUUUCCAAGGCAAGAUCCAGACAAUAGAGAUAAUGCCAAUGGCCAAAGGGGUCAUAGUUCGAAUCAUGGGGCGAAUUCUAGUGUCCCUCCUGGAUUUGAUGGUGUGAAUGGAAGUCACCCCCAUCAAACAAAUACAGUCAGCAAUGCAAAUUUUCCCAUGGUGGGUCAGGAAGUUCAUGGUGCUGUUGAGGGAGUAUUUGAUGGUGGAUUUCUGAUUGGAGUUAGGGUUGAGAAUUCUGCAACCAUUUUUAGAGGUGCUGUUUUUAUACCUGGACAUUAUGUGCCUGUUUCACAGGAAAAUGAUGUGGCACCAAAUCUUCCCAUGAUUAGAAGAAAUGAAGUUUCUUCCCCAUUACUACCCAGUGUCUAUAAUCCUCGCUCCCACAAGAGAAAUCGAGCUGCGAACCAUUACUCUGCGAACCAAGUGGAUUCAUUGCUCCAAACUGGUCUUCCACGGAUUCCAAAAAGCUACAUAGUGCCUGUCGUGCUCCAACCUGCUAAGAUAUCCAAUGGAGUGCCACUUACCAACGAAACAUCUCCUAUGGAGACUCUACCGGCUCGUUUAUCCACCAAAGCAAUGCAGGUGCUAGAAGCUGAUUAUCCAUCUAAUGAAUCAACACCCUGUAACCGGCCACCCACUCAUCUUCAAGGUAGCCACCAGGAGACGUCGAAAGGUAAUCAAAGUGAAAGUUGUCAACCCCUUUCAGAAGGGCUUCAUGGGUCUGAAGCCGAGUCAAUGAUGCCUUUUGAAGAAGUACUUACUGAAGUACGUGAGAGAGUUGAAGCCCCGUCACAUUCUGAAGAAAAUAGUAGCAACCUAGCUAGUAACUUGCUUGUUAAAGGUUCCGGCCAUUACGUGGAAGAUCAAGGCGAUAACAAGGUUCCACUGCGCCAAUUUGAGCCUCUGCAAGCUGUUUGGCCCAGUCAGAAUCUCUCUGCAAUUUCAACUGAACCUUCAAAAGAAGGGAGACCUGGAAAAUUCGAUGAGUUGUUGAAGGUUAUACAAGAGCAAACGAGGGAACAUGAACUAAGUACCAAGAAGGCUCCCGCAUCUAGGCCAAAACUAAAUGUGGUGAGAAGCACAGAAAAUAUGGCAAAAGAAGGCUUUGUCCAUGAUUUUGAUAUCAAUGAACUUUGAACACCAAAGUAUCUGACGGGUAAUCUAUUCUGGCAGUACCGGUUAGUUAACAUCCAGGGCAAUCGGGUGCGAUUAAACAGUUGUCUAUAAAAUUUUGUUUCUUAAAAUAGGGAAGCCAUAGGAACUCUUUAGUUAGAUCUUUUGUUCUACGGUGUUAGUCAGUUAGGACCAAUCUCAUCUCAUCUCAUCAUCUUAAUAUAGUCAUGGUUGGAAGGCUAGCUUGUGGUUGAAUCGGACCACAGCUGCUUUUAUGUUCUUCUUGUUGCCUAAAUUACAUUCCCUUGUAUUUUGAGGUUGCUGUUCUCUUGCUU